AUGCGGUAUCCAGCUGCUGGACCUAAAAUCCCUCCUUGGACAAGACUUUCUGAUGCAAUUGUUAAUAUUAAAAAUAAGAUGGAAAUUUCUUCGGGUAAAAUUAUGAUUUUUGGAACCGUGGGAGCAAUUGCUUUGGCUUUCUAUAUGAUGGCUAUUCAACCAAAGAUCAAUCACGAAUUCUAUGCAAAGAAGCAAAAACAAUUUUACGACAGUUUACCAAUUUCGCGCGAUCAAUUAGCUGCAGAUUCACAUUUGCCACCUUGGAGGGAUCCGUUUGACAGAGAAUCAAGAAAAAACAAAAUUCCUUAUGGAAAGUAAAACACUUUUAUUUUGAAUUGUUUAUUAAAGUUUUUUGAAUAUAAAAGAUGUACACUAACAAUAAAUCCGAAAAAGUAAAAACACCGGUUUAACCUAGCAGACAAAAACUGUUAGAAAAGAUACAUAGUCCGGUGUAUUUAUUCAAUUUUUAAAAUAAUUUUAAAAAACUACAAAGUCCCCUUCAAAUUAAAACCCGUUUUAACAUCACCAUACAAUAACAAAAUAUGUCUUCGGGAAAAGGUCAGAGUCGCCAAAAACAGCAAAUAUAUAAAAUAUUUUUAUAAUUGCAUAGUCAAGAAAAAUUCGAAAAUGUGCUUCAGUAAAAUUUUCAGUAU